AUGUUCCAUCCGUCGGGGGACCUGCUCUCGGUGCGGGCGAACGAGGUCUGGCUGACCCUGUACGGGCCUCUCGUCGGCAAGCCCAAGAAGGAGAAGCGCGCCCCCGCGCCGAAGAAGAAGGGGUUCUGGACGUACGCUCAGGCCUCAGUUAGACUCCCGCCCUAUGGAAUCAAAAAGCCCGGAAUACCAGCGUACGGGCCAACGCUCGCGGACGGCGGGGGAGGGGGUACCAGCGGGCGCGGCGGGGGCGGGGGGGGCGGGGGCGGAGGCGGUGACAAGGGCGGCGCGGGCGAGGGCGGGUUCAACAAGGGCAAGCUGCUCUCACUGCUCGCGUACGUCCUGGGCGCGGCGAUGGUCACGGGCGGCGCUGUCGGCUGGAUGAAGAAGGGUUCGAAGAUGUCGCUGUACGCCGGGUCGACACUGGGCAUUGCGCUGUUGUACUCGGCCGUGGUCCUGCCCAGCAAGGUCGGGGGCGCGGUGGCCUUCCUGGCGUGCGCGGCCCUGGCCGGGUUCUUCAUCCCGCGGUGGCAGAAGACGCAGAAGGAGAUGCACGCGGCGCUCGGGGCCACGGGCGCGGUGUGCGCGCUGGCGUUCCUCACCGUGUUCUUCUAG